GCAGCGGCCGCCCCUCCUCGGCCGGCCCGCAGCAGGGCGGCAGCGGCGGCGGCUUCCGGCCGUGCCCUCCUGCCUUCAACAAAGAUGGUGCUCCCCGCGCAAGCUCCGCGGGAAACGGCGCGUCCUGGGUAGCUUCCCGUUCCCCUCGUGUUGCCAGAUGGAUCCCAGAGACAAGCAGCUUUUACGCUCCCUGCGCCUGGAGCUCUGCACAGAGGUGCUGGUGGAUGGACUCGUUAUUCAGUAUCUCUACCAAGAAGGGAUUCUCACAGACAGUCACGUUCAAGAAAUAAAAGCCCAAACCACUAGUCAGAGGAAAACAAUGAUGCUCCUUGAUAUUCUCCCCACCAGAGGACCCAAAGCUUUUGAUGUGUUCUUGGAUUCCUUGCAGGAGUUCCCAUGGGUUAAGGACAAGCUGAUGCGGAAGCGUAAGGAAAUGACAAUAGAAGAUCCUUCAGACUUCACUGAAGUUGCACCGUGCAUUUUGAAGAUGUCACCAACAGAUCAGCAGCUGAACAAGCUGGCAAGGAGGCUGGGACCUGAGUGGGAGCAUGUAGCUCUGUGCUUGGGUUUGUCCCACACUGACAUCUAUCGAUGCAAAGUCAAUCACCCUCACAACCUACAGUCACAGAUCGUAGCUGCAUUUGUGCUGUGGAAACAGCGCCUGGGGAAAAAAGCAACAAUCCAGAGUCUGCACUCCAGUCUGAUGGCAGAGGAAGUGGAUCCUUCAGUGAUACAGUACAUGCUUGAGUGAAGCCAUGCCAUUUAUUCAGAGCCUCCAUGGGUUUCGUUCAGUUCUGUGAAGAGGAUGGAAAUGUAUGUUGAAGAUUGGAUGCUUCAAGCUGUAAAAAAAGUGGGGUUGGGAACUGUGGUUUUAUUAAGCUUAAACAUUCCAGUUUUCUGUGGUAUCUUGUGACUUGUAAUUCUUUUCAUGCCAGAUUAAUUUUUAGCAGGCAUUAAAAAAUGGAUCACUC